CGCCCCAGCUGCAGUCCCGCCCGGGAGCCGGCAGGGAGCGGAGCUGCGGAGCCGCUGGGUCUCCCGCAUCUGUCGUCCCAUUCCUGCGUGCGGUCCAUCUGAACGCGAGCUGCGGGAGCAGCCUCGAGAUAAGACGCUGGCUGGCAUGGCAGCAAGCACGGAUGUCGCUGGGCUGGAGGAGAGUUUCCGCAAGUUUGCCAUCCAUGGUGACCCCAAGGCCAGUGGGCAAGAGAUGAAUGGCAAGAAUUGGGCCAAGCUGUGCAAGGACUGCAAGGUGGCUGACGGAAAAGCCGUGACAGGGACCGACGUUGACAUCGUCUUCUCCAAAGUCAAGGGGAAGUCUGCUCGGGUUAUCAACUAUGAGGAGUUCAAGAAGGCCCUGGAAGAGCUGGCAACCAAGCGGUUCAAGGGCAAGAGCAAGGAGGAGGCCUUCGAUGCCAUCUGCCAGCUGGUGGCAGGCAAGGAACCAGCCAACUUGGGCGUUACCAAAGCCAAAACAGGAGGUGCUGUGGACCGGCUGACUGACACCAGCAAGUACACUGGCUCCCACAAAGAGCGCUUUGAUGAGAGCGGCAAGGGCAAGGGCAUCGCUGGGCGGCAGGACAUCCUGGACGACAGUGGCUACGUGAGUGCCUACAAGAACGCUGGCACUUACGACGCCAAGGUGAAGAAGUGAGGCCCAGGAGGGUCCUCAGGGCUUCUGCCCCCACCAGAGGCUCAGACCUGGGCUGAAAGGGGUGCUUGGAGCAAGAAAGCCUGGUCUCCUCCCUGCUGGACCUGCCACCCAGAGCUUCCUGCCCAGCCCCAUGGGGCCAGCCCGCCAAGCCUCUGACCCAGACUACUCUGUGUCCCCUUCUUCCACUCUUUCCUCCCCGACCUCUGUCUGGGGCCAGUCUCUGCCUAUAGCCUCACCGUCCUAGCCUGGUCCCAGGCAUGGCUGAUUCCUGCCUGCUUGCCUCAUAUUUAAGCUGCUGCUCUGGCCAAGUGCCUAAUUCUUACCCAGACCUCAAUAAAGACACCUUUUGUACCA